UAUAUCAUCAUCAACAACGUGCUGCUGGCGUUGUUAAUACUAGCGGCGGUAGUGGCGGUGGAGGAAUAACACGCUCUUCACGAAACGGCGCCCCACUUCAAUACUGUAACAACAGUAUGAUGUUGAUGACACAAACUAUGAACAACACUGGUGCUGCUUCUGGUUCAACAUCUACUGGAGCAAUAAUAGCGAGUAGCAAUGAUCUUGUCGUUGUGAAUGGCAGCACUAACACAAGCAGUGGUAGUGGUAUUAUUACAUCUAGUGGUAGAAGGCAUGUGGACCGAGUUACAGCGACAUCACCAGGUAACAACUACAAUAGUAAACAAUCACCUGUUACAAUCAUGAAAUCAACGACUAAUAACAAUCAAGUCAACGAUUUAAAUAAUCAUCAUUCUCAUCAUCAUCCGGUAUCGUCGCAUCAUCAUUAUCCGUCAGCACAACAGUUAAAACAUAAUCGUAAACAAUUAACGUCAUCGUCAAAACAAAAAUCAUCAAACAUUGAAAGUAAUUUAAAGUAUCAACAAACAAACGGUAAAAAACAUUAUCCAUCAACGUCCGCCGGUCAACAAUUGGUGACAGCGGCUUCAGCACCACCAGGAGGUGUUCUUCAUCAUCUUCACCAUUCUUCAUCGUCUUCACAUUCUUCUCCACAUAGUGUUCUAGUGAAUAAUCAACAAUGUAUAAGUAGUGUGAUUAAUCGUAAUAAUAGUGUUGGAACAUCCUCGUCACCAGUUGUUACUGCCACACCGGGUGUUUCGAUUGUUAGUGUUACGGGAAAUACAAUGGUUAAUCAUGGUGGUGUAUUUGGUAUGUUUGAUACUAAUGGUAAAUACGGAUUUAGUGUGAGUAGUUUAAGUGGACAUCAUCAUCAUAAUACUGCACAAGCUUCUGCUGCAGCUGCAUUUUUUGCAAGAGCAUCACAGAAAUUAAAUCUAUCUUCAUCGCCACAUAGACGGAAACGACAUUCGUCCGGAGAUGAGGACACACCGGCAACCGGAUUCUGUGGUGUUAUACAACGUUCACCGCCUCCAGUACCGCCUGCAUUACUACGACGGAUUGGUGUACGUGAAAUUACUGGCGUUGGAAAGGUGAAAGUAAUGUUACGAGUUUCAUCCUCAAAUACACCAUUCAAUAGCAGUAGUACGAGUAAUAAUGGACCAUCUAUAGAAACUAGUAGUAAUAAUCUAACAACAUCAACGAAUAGCAAUAAUUCAACACAUAGUAAUAAUUCAUUUUUUAAUAUUGAUAAACGUAAAAAACAAGUGACAUUGUUUGAUCCAACAACCUGUAAUAAUAGUUCAUCAACAACGGCACCAGAAGAUCGACGUGUGGGUGUUGCUGCACCAAAAAUGUUUGCAUUUGAUGCAAUAUUUUCACAGGAUGAUUCACAGACUGAAGUAUGUUCAAGUGCAUUAACAGAUGUUAUACAUGCCGUCAUUAAUGGCACAGAUGGAUGUCUAUUUUGUUUUGGUCAUGCUGGUCUUGGUAAAUCUUAUACAAUGUUGGGCAGUGCUGAAAAUGCAAACACCUUAGGAAUAAUACCUUGUGCAAUUACAUGGCUUUUUCGUGGUAUUAAUGAACAAAAGCAGAAAACUGGUGCAAGAUUUUCCGUUCGAGUAUCAGCUGUUGAAGUUUGUGGGCCAUCAAAUCAGCUGAAGGAUUUAUUAGCUGGGCAUGCGAAUGAUUCUGAACAAUCACCGGGAGUUUAUUUACGAGAUGAUCCAGUUUUCGGAACCCAGUUACAAAAUCACAGUGAAUUACGUGUGCCAACUGCUGAACGAGCUGCUUUCUAUUUAGAUGCAGCAAUGGAUAGUCGAGGAGCAACCAAAGAUCACCAAAGAGAUUCUCAUCUGCUUUAUACGUUACAUGUUUAUCAAUAUAGUGUGGCAGGAAAAGGUGGAGUGGCUGGAGGAAGAAGUCGACUUCAUUUAAUUGAUUUGGGAAAUUCAGAUCGGGGUAAAUCUAGUGGAGGAAUUCCUUUAUCAGGAUUAGGAAAUAUUUUAUUAGCAAUAUUUAAUGGUCAAAAGCAUUUGCCGUACAAAGAACAUAAAUUAACGCAUUUAUUAAAAGAAUGUUUAAGUUCAUUAACAUGCCAUGCGGCUAUGAUAGCUCACGUUUCACCUUGUGCUCAAAACUACAUCGAUACAUUAACGACAGUGCAAUUAGCAUCAAGAAUACAUCGAAUGAGAAGGCGUAAAUUUAAAUUUAUACCUGUUGGUGCUAAUGCUGGUUCGGGUGGUAGUUCUGGUGAGGAAGCUGCACGAACAACGGGAACAAGUAGUGAACCUGAUCCAUCCAGUAGUGAUUUAUCUGCAGAUACUGUUAUUUAUGUUGGUCCUGCAGAUGAUGCAACUGAUGGAGAACAUCCACCUGUUUAUAUUCCAAGUUUGAAUUCAGGUGAUAAUCGAUGUGCGAUGGGUAAAGCACUUCGUGGCUCCUCCGCUGAACACCGAACAAAAAUUUCUCAAAAGCAUGAUGAAUCAAAAAGUCCUGUACAUAAAUUAUCCGCAACAAAUACAAAACAGUCUACACAAACAACGAAUAAAUCGCCUGCGCAUUGUAUAAAUAGUGCAAAAUCAUCUCCCGUCCGGACAAAAUUAACUGUUUCAAAAUCAUUACAAGACUCACAACAAUCAAACACAAAAAUACCUGUAUAUAAUUCUAGUACACAUAACACAAGCGAUGAACAAUGGAUUGAUGGACCUAGAAUUUCAAAACAUAAAGUUGCAGAAGCACGGCAUUUAAUGAAAGAAACGCAUCACGUAAAAAAGAGGGAAACUUGGAUUGAUGGUCCAAUGCAAGUAAAUUCUACAACAUUACCGCCACAAAAUGUGCUUAGUACGGGAUAUGGAUACAUGGAUAGCCAUAAAAAGAGUAUGAUUAGAAAAUGGGUAGAAAAUCAAACAUCUCAAAUACAACGAAGUAAGAGAUCUGAAUCCAAAUUAUCAUCUGGACAUAGUUUUAAGGAAAUGACAACCUUUAAAACUUGUGAAGAUGAUGAACCUAUUCGAGAGGUAAAUCCUUUAGUUGAGGACAGUUACAAAAAACAAGAAGUGGAAAAAUCUACCAUCAGAACUGGUCUCAAAUUAUCAAGUGAUAAAGCUAAUUCAGAUGUUAUCUCCGAAUGUAAAUCAAAUGAAGAGUUACCCACUCCGCCAACACCAGAUGAUGAUCAAAAGUUAGAGAUUGAUGGUGAAGAUGAUGAAGAAGUUGUUGUAGAAAUACCUCCUGCGUUACCUUUAAUUCAACCACUUAGUAGCCGUGAAGUUUCAAUGGAAAGUUUAGACGUGCGAAUUAAGGAACGAUUACGUUCUGGCUCCGAUCAACGAUCUGAUAUACAAGAUCAAAGUUACAACGAUGAUAUUGAUGAUGAUAAUGAUGAUGAAGUACUUGAAAUAAUUGAAGUCGAAGAACCUUUAGAACCUGUUCCAACAAUGGACAGUUGUUUACAAUGCACCGAAGAAGAUAUUGCGCUUUGUAUGAGUACAUUGUCAAGUGGGUUAGAUGAUGGAAAACAAAUGACAGAAGAACAUCCAUUAAGAAUAUUAAGUCAAGAAAACUUAACGGUCGUUUCUACGUUCACAGAUUCAAUGUCUGUGUUUACUGAUUUAGAACGAAAUUUUCCCAAAAAUAAUUACGUAAACUCAACGUAUUUAUUUCCAGAUACGCAAGCUUACAGUAUUUACAGCGAUGAUUACGAAGAUCCAGAUUGUCCAGCGCCGGAUUUAUUACGAAAUGUAAAUCCAGAUGAUACAUCAAGACGUAAAUUUGAACAAUUAGCUCGAUUACACGAAUUAUAUACGAAUAGAUUGGCCAAAGCCAAUGUUACGAAUUCAUUUACCUACAAAGAAAAUCGACAGCAGCAGCAACAACAACGAUCUUUAUCGAGAUGUGAUUCGUUAACGAUGUCAGAGAUGUUAUAUGGUAAUGCACAUGAAACGGGGAGUAUUUACAGUGAACCACCCUAUAGACCAGAUCAAGAAAAGUUUUGUGAAAAUUGUAAAGUAAACAUGUUACGACCAGCAACUGCCCAAAAUUGGUACACAGAUCCGCAAUUAUCUGCAAGUGCCACACAUUUAGCAAAUGAUAAUUUAGCAAAUAUUGGUAGUAGAUUUCAAAGGUUUUGUCAUAAAGUUUCAAGAGAUAGUUAUAAUAUAGCAUCAUUACGACAUCCUGAUGGUGCAUCAAAUCCGAACUUAAAAGAUGAAACCGAAAGGCAUCCUGGCAAUGGAGCAUCAGGGUCCGAUCACGACGAUGAAUACCAAAGUGAAUCAAAAAACCUUCAUGAAACAACAAAAUUAAACGGUUCAAGUGAAGUAAUAACGGAACCUUUGCCUCCACCAGCUAGUUUACCAUCACAAGAACGAAUGAACCGACGUAUGUUAAGUAUAGGAUCGGGUCUAGCUGCUAUCAAAUUGAAUCAACAACAGAAUGAAGGUUAUGAUAGUGGCCAUGAUUCUACACCACGUACAUCCAAACACAGUCCAGCAGCAAUAUCUCGUCGUGCAGAAAGUGGUUAUGACAGUGUAGUCAGAGAUAGUGAAAGUUCGAGUAUUGAUUCAGAUAUUAGUCGACGAUCACACGCAUUGCCAACUCGGGGAGUUUGUGGGCUCCAUGGUAUGAGGUUUCCAGAAAUGAAGAUUCGUUCGUUAUGUCAUGAGCAAACAUUAUUGAAGAUUGAAUUAGCUGCAGCAAAGGCAAGACUCAUGAUUCCACGAUCACAAUGGAAUUAUGAAUUACACGUUGAAUCAAGCAUGGAUUGGCGUCAUCCCGGUUAUAUUGAAGCUUUGGAAGCUGAAACAAUAAUUCUACGAAAACGCGUUGAUGCCUGCAAAUCUCACAUCAUGAUGGUUACUUGUUUUGAUGCUCCUCCUAAAAAACAUAUCCAGCGAAAUUAA